AUGUUCCUCCUGGUGGGCGCGCCCAAGGCCAACACCACGCAGCCGGGCAUCGUGGAGGGCGGCCAGGUCCUCAAGUGCGACUGGGCUUCCCCGCGGCGGUGCCAGCCCAUCGAGUUCGACGCCACAGGCAACAGAGACUAUGCCAAGGACGACCCGCUGGAGUUUAAGUCCCACCAGUGGUUUGGCGCAUCCGUGAGGUCCAAGCAGGACAAAAUUUUGGCCUGCGCCCCGCUGUACCACUGGAGGACGGAGACGAAGCAGGAGCGAGAGCCCGUGGGCACCUGCUUCCUUCAGGACGGGGCGCGGACCGUGGAGUACGCCCCGUGCCGGUCAAAAAGUAUUGAUGCUGACGGACAGGGAUUCUGUCAAGGAGGAUUCAGCAUUGAUUUUACGAAAGCCGACAGAGUGCUUCUUGGUGGUCCUGGGAGCUUUUAUUGGCAAGGUAGGUUAACAUGCUGUGCAGGUUACUCGGUGGCGGUCGGCGAUUUCAACGGGGACGGCAUCGACGACUUUGUCUCAGGAGUUCCAAGAGCAGCGAGGACUCUGGGAAUGGUUUAUAUUUAUGAUGGGAAGAACAUGUCCUCCUUACACAACUUCACUGGUGAGCAGAUGGCUGCCUAUUUCGGAUUUGCUGUCGCUGCCACGGACAUCAACGGGGACGAUUACGCGGACGUGUUCGUGGGCGCCCCGCUGUUCAUGGACCGCGGCUCGGAUGGGAAGCUGCAGGAGGUGGGCCAGGUCUCCGUGUCCCUGCAGAGCGCCUCGGGGGACUUCCAGACCACCAGGCUCAACGGCUUCGAGGUCUUCGCGAGGUUCGGCAGCGCCAUCGCGCCGUUGGGAGACCUGGACCAGGACGGCUUCAACGAUAUCGCCAUCGCCGCUCCCUAUGGGGGUGAAGACAGGAAGGGGAUCGUUUACAUUUUCAACGGCAGAUCCACGGGCUUGAACGCGGCGCCCGUCGCAGGCCUGGAGGGGAGGUGGGCCGCGCAGAGCAUGCCGCCCAGCUUCGGCUACGCCAUGAAGGGAGCCACGGACAUCGACCGCAACGGGUACCCAGACUUGAUUGUGGGAGCUUUUGGUGUGGACAGAGCUGUGUUAUACAGAGCCAGACCGGUCAUCACGGUCAAUGCUGGCCUCGAAGUCUACCCGAGCAUUUUAAACCAAGACAACAAGACCUGCUCGCUGCCUGGGACAGAUCUUAAAGUUUCCUGCUUCAACGUCAGGUUCUGCCUGCGGGCGGACGGCAAAGGCGCGCUUCCCGCCAAACUGAACUUUCAGGUGGAGCUUCUUUUGGAUAAACUCAAGCAAAAGGGAGCCAUUCGCCGAGCGCUGUUUCUCCACAACAGGUCCCCGGGCCACCCCAAGAACAUGACCGUCUCCCGGGGGGGCCGCAUGCAGUGCGAGGAGCUGGUGGCGUACCUGCGGGAUGAGUCUGAGUUUAGAGACAAGCUCACUCCCAUCACCAUUUUCAUGGAGUAUCGGCUGGACUACAGGACGGCGGCCGACGCCACGGGCCUGCGGCCCAUCCUCAACCAGUUCACGCCCGCCAACCUCAGUCGGCAGGCCCACAUCCUCCUGGACUGCGGCGAAGACAAUGUCUGCAAACCCAAGCUGGAGGUGUCCGUGGACAGAGACCAGAAGAAGAUCUACGUCGGGGACGACAACCCCCUGACCUUGAUGGUGACGGCGCAGAACCAGGGCGAAGGCGCCUACGAGGCGGAGCUCACCGUGGCCCUCCCCCCGCAGGCCGACUUCAUCGGCGUCGUCCGCAACAGCGAGGCCCUGGCGAGACUUUCCUGUGCGUUUAAGACAGAAAACCAGACCCGCCAGGUGGUGUGUGACCUGGGGAACCCCAUGAAGGCUGGGACGCAGCUCCUCGCCGGCCUGUUUGACUUACAAAUCCGGAGCUCCAACCUCUUCGAUAAGGUCAGCCCGGUGGUGUCCUACAGGGUCGACCUUGCUGUUCUGGCUGCCGUGGAGAUCAGAGGGGUCUCGAGUCCGGACCAUGUCUUCCUCCCGAUCCCCAACUGGGAGCACAAGGAGCACCCCGAGACCGAGGAGGACGUGGGGCCUGUGAUUCAGCACAUCUACGAGGUGCGAACAUACGGCCCCAGCUCCUUCAGCAAGGCCAUGCUGACCCUCCAGUGGCCCCACAAGUACCACAACAGUACGCUGCUCUACAUCCUCCAGUACGAGGUGGACGGGCCCAUGAACUGCACGGCCGACACCGAGAUCAACCCCCUGAGGAUCAAGGUCUCCAGCUCGCAGCCGGCGGAGAAGAACGACAGCGUCGCUGGGCAGGGCGAGCGCGGCCACCUGGUCACCAGGCGGGACCUGGCCCAGAGCGAAGGGGGCGUCCACACGCUGGGCUGCGGGGUGGCCGAGUGCCUGAAGAUCGUCUGCCAGGUGGGGCGCCUGGACCGCGGGAAGAGCGCCAUCCUGUACGUGCGGUCGCUGCUGUGGACCCAGACCUUCAUGAACAAGGAGAACCAGAACCGCUCCUACUCCCUGACGUCGUCGGCUUCCUUCAGCGUCAUCGAGUUCCCCUACAAGAACCUCCCCAUCGACGACAUCUCCAACUCCACCCUCGUCGCCACGGACGUGACCUGGGGCAUCCAGCCGGCGCCCAUGCCUGUCCCCGUGUGGGUGAUCAUCUUAGCGGUCCUGGCAGGGCUGCUGCUGCUGGCGGUCCUGGUGUUUGUGAUGCACCGGAUGGGCUUCUUCAAGCGCGUGCGCCCACCUCAGGAAGAACCCGAGAGGGAGCAGCUCCAGCCGCACGAAAACGGCGAAGGGAACUCGGAGACCUAACUGGGCGGUUCGAGCUGCGCUGCCUCCGGCCCAGGAGGGCGGCCAGGGUCCCGGGUCCCGGUUCCCUUCGCGGGGACUGAAUCACCGCUGGUGCCCGGGGGCGUCAGCCACAGCACGAGAGCGAUAACCGUCAGGCUUCCCGCCAUCAACAAGUUCAGACGCACCUUGAACGCACACCCACUGACACGUGCGUCUGGGUGCUUGAAUAACGCAGUUUCCCGUGGUAGUUCAUCCAUGUACAUAGACCGGUCGUCAGCGACUCACACUUCCUGUAACACGGUACCUCCUCCCGCAGCGACUGCUUCUGGUCUGUGCUCCGGAUUUAACGAAAUCUGUUGUUGUUCUAAAGCAAUUCCUCCUUGGACCUUCGCAUCCGCAUCGUUUGCACAGGGACUCAACGUUAAUACACAUCACACUACAGGCGAGUUUCCAGUUACUAAAGGCGUUGUAACUCCGGGAACUUGGAUUUUAACAUUACCUACAUUUAUUACCCACAUCAGAAUGUUUUCCUGGAAUAGUUAGGUAGAGUAUUUUGACUUACUAUGAAAUUCGGGUACGUGUUGUUAAAUUUUUAUUUAUAUUUAAUCCACCGUCCGUUUUAUUGCAUUUUGACUAUUUAAGUGUACGCUGCAUUUCCCAUCCUUUAAGUCAACCUGUGCUAAAAAUUAGUUCUGACAUCGAAAACACCUCGUGUGUAACAGCUUGAUCCCAGCUGAGCGUCGUGCUGCUUCAAUCCAUAUGGAGUUGGGAAUCAUUUAUUUCAUUGAAUUGGUCUGGCCACUUACAAUACAAAAAAAAAGGCAUUUUAAUUUAAAACCAUGUUUGUAGUUCUUCGAAAGAGUUGCUUAUCAAUAGUACGUUCUUAGAUUAGAUCGAGGGUUCAGUUGGGAUUCAUUUAUUUUCCUCUUGUACUAGUCUAGGUACUUUAUGUUUCCCAAACUGUCACUGAGGAAGGUCAAGACCACGAGGAGUCUUGACACCUCAGGAACCUGCACCAGCCUCCGCCGCACGGGAAGUGCCUGGCGCCGGAAGUCUCCGAGCAUCAGUGGUGCGAGGCUGCGAACCUGGCGUUACCUCGUUCGGAGCGAGGUGUAACGGGUAAAGCCAGUCUCAGCUCUCAAAUAAUUUUUAAAAGGUACUUUUAUAAGCAAUUCCAGUUACUGGGAAGAUUUUAAAACUUUCUUAGGUUUAUUACCAUGAAUUUUCUAGGAAUUUUUUAUAAAAGCUGCACAGAGUUUUAUAUCUCUGCAGGUGAUGUGUUUGCUGGAGGCCUGUGUGACUCACAGCUCCUCAGAGCCGGCUGCGAUGACUCUCAUCACUAUUUUUGUGCAAUUACAUCAUGUUAUGCGUUAGAAGUUGAGGGUUCAGUCGCUUUUUAACUGCUGUCUUCACUAGGCAAUGACAAGCGUUUCCCUUAAAUCAUUGAAUGUUUUUCUGUUUUAAAGACAACUGGGAUUUAUCCUGCCGUGACCCGCGUGAUCAUUCCCCACGCAGCCGUACGCGAGAGGCACGUGGGUGAGUCACACGCGAUCCAACAUCGGCAGGACCCGUCAGUGAAUUUAACAGUGAGCAGAUUUGGUAGGAUAGAUUUUAUUGGUAGCUUAAGAGAGCUUACUCACAUGCAGUUAGGACUUUUAUUGCCAAUAAAUUUAUUUCUUUUAAAGAAAAAACCAUGUUUAUCCUAGGGCCUGCCCCAGGCAGUCGCUAAGUCGCUCUGUAACGACUUGACCCAUUUUCCCCGCGCACUGGCAGUCAUUCCUGAAGUGACGUGUUGGGUAGACAUUCACGCUUUCAAAGCACAGUCUGUCCCUCGUGGGGCCUCUGUUCCGAGGUCCGGUCUUGUAUCGGAGAUCGAAGGGUGCCUCAGUGGAACUUCAUGUGAUGUUUCAGAUUGCCUUUAUGCACUGUGGUCUUAGGCAGUAGGAUUUUCUUUAAAAAUGAAAAUUUAUGUCUCUAAAAAAUAUGGUAGAAGUCUAAUGAAAGAGCCUACUCGUGGAGGAAAAUGUUUGGAUUCUCUGUACCUGAAAGUAGCCUGUCAAUAUAUUUGGUUAAAAUGUAAAAAAACAAAACAAAAACAAAACCCUAUGAAAACUAUUUUAAUUUUCAACUGUUUUAAUUACUGUUGUGUUAUUUAUUGAGAAUUAAAAUCCAGUUUGAGUAUACGGUUCUUGUAAUCUGAUUCAGUUUAAAAAAACACAUGAGUGAGGUACAUAAUAUUUAAAGCAUUUGUUGUUGGUAAGAAAUAUUGGUAUUAUCGUUGAUUUAUUAUAUAACCAUUUAUUUGAGAAUUAAUAUUUUGAAAAACAUUUGCAUGAGAGACAUUCGUUCUUUGUCUUCCCUUUACCUUUCUCUUGCGAUUAUUAUAAUAAUUCUGACUGAGUUCUUAAUUCUGACGUGUAAAACAAUCAAAAAGGGAGUGUCACAAUUAUACCUGCGUUAUGAAACUAUUCAUGGUAAAUUCUCACUAAUACUUUUCUAUAAAGAGGAAAUUUACGUAUUAAGAAAAGAGACUCUGCUGGCUUCUUAAGAGGCUGUGGACGGUUUUAACAGCGAGCCGUGACCCUCAGGGAAGGAUCUGUGUGGCGAAAGCACAGUGUGUCCCAGGUCGGCUGGGUUAUCAGGCCAACAGCUCGGGAGGCGGCGGGCGCUCCUGUGGCAGAGGGUGGCGCCCGGCGCGGUGAGGACUGGUCGCUCGGCUACCUGGGCCUGACUCGGUGCCACCUGCUGUGCGGUUGGGGAGCUCGUGCAGGUGGGAGUUGGAUAAAUAAGAAAAAGAUAAAAUCUGAAGAUGGAAUUAGGAUCAAACAUGGCGAAGAAAGGGCGUAGUCCUGUGUCCUGGAGCGUCGCCCCUCUCGCCGGCUGGGAGGCGGUGGCAGUGAGGAUGGGACAUGCUUACAUUUCACUGUCACUUCUGGUACAGAAUGAACUUCCGGGAGAGGUGCCGAGCCUGGCGUCCUUGUUGUCAUUGUCCCCACGUGCAAUAUGACGAGUAACCAGGCCCAGAUAGUCUCCCGGCAUCAGUCGCUCAGUGACCCGAAGCUGAAGGCGAUGGAUUAAUGCUUGGUUAGCAGGAGGAGUGAGUCUGCCGGGGGCACACAGAGGAAGUCACUCCGAUCCGUCCCUUCUGCACGCUCCUUCCGGCUGGACACGGCUCCCUCCUUGGGUCUGAAACACUUUGGAAUCUCCUGAUGCGAUUGGGAAGCUGCGGACAUCAGAGCGAGUGCUGCCUGGGUACCAGGCUUUCUUAGUUCGCUUCCCUGAGCAGCCCAUGGGCGAGGCGUAAAACGCGCGUGUUCUAACCCUUGUCGUUGCCAACUUGCUCUGAGUUUGUGGAGCGGGUACGUGUCCUCCUGGUGUUGGGUGUGUGACUCGCGACUGACCGUCCAAUAAACUUGAGCCUCAGGUGCCACUUCUGUGCA